CGGAAACCAGGUAUGGCGUUCGGGGCCUGGGAUCCUGGGCAAUACAGUUGUGUGCUCACUGGGCGAAGAAGCUGACUUAGGGCGGGGAAAGGAGGGAGCCAGGCUGGACCCCUCCUCGCAGCUCUCCUCACAGUUGCCCUCUAGUCCCGGCGCGGUGCUGCUUCCCUGGGGACUGGCCUAUCCUUGGCCAAUGCGCUGGGUCCUUAUUGCCUGUUGGGCCCCUAGUGCGAGUCAGUCCCGCCAGAGACCCUUGACGGGCCUUCUGUUUUACUCCGGGCUCCGGCCUCAUGAGGCGAGAGAAUAGCGCCAUUUUGCGGUACGGAAGCUACACGGCAACACGUAUAGGAGCCUCUCCCCGAGAUCGUCUAGGGAGUGACCCGUCUAUUUUUGUUUGGGAAGAGGAAACUCCGAAAUGGGAUCACGGAAGACUUAAAGGGCCAGGUCCCUGAGGCUCUGGUUGCUACAGAGUCACCAGGAGCUUGGCUUGCUUGUCGCAUCCUUCCCUUGCCUGGUAUCAUUUUCUCAGUUCUCCCAAAAGCCAUGUCCCAGCCCUUCCUCAUCACCUUCACCCCAGCCACUGACCCCAGCGAUCUCUGGAAGGAUGGGCAGCAGCAGCCACAGCCCGAGGAGCCAGAGUCCACCCUGGAUGGAGCUGCAGCCCGAGCUUUCUAUGAGGCCCUUAUUGGGGAUGAGAGCUGCGUUCCUGACUCCCAAAGAUCUCAGACUGAACCUGCCAGAGAAAGAAAGAGAAAGAAAAGAAGAAUCAUGGGGGCAGCUGCAGCAGAAGCAGUGGCAGAAGGAGUAUCAGGAAGAUAUGGACAAGGGAGAUCCCUUGAGGCUGAGGAUAAGAUGACUCACCGGAUACUGAGGGCAGCCCAGGAGGGGGACCUGGCAGAACUUAGGAGACUGCUGGAGCCCCAUGAGGCAGGAGGAGCUGGGGGGAAUAUCAAUGCUCGGGAUGCCUUCUGGUGGACCCCACUGAUGUGCGCUGCUCGAGCGGGCCAGGGGGCAGCUGUGAGCUAUCUCCUGGGCCGUGGGGCUGCCUGGGUGGGGGUCUGUGAGCUGGGUGGCAGGGAUGCGGCUCAGCUCGCUGAAGAAGCUGGCUUUCCUGAGGUGGCCCGCAUGGUCAGGGAAAGCCAUGGAGAGACAAGGAGCCCAGAGAACCGGUCUCCUACUCCCUCCCUCCAGUACUGCGAGACCUGUGACACCCACUUCCAAGAUUCCAACCACCGCACAUCCACUGCUCACCUGCUGUCACUGUCCCAGGGUCCUCAGCCUUCCAGCCUUCCACUUGGGGUGCCCAUCUCCAGCCCGGGCUUCAAACUCCUACUGAGGGGGGGCUGGGAGCCAGGAAUGGGACUGGGACCCCGGGGUGAGGGCCGUGCCAACCCCAUCCCCACUGUCCUCAAGAGGGACCAGGAGGGACUAGGCUACAGAUCAGCACCCCAGCCCCGAGUAACACAUUUCCCAGCUUGGGAUACCCGAGCUGUGGCUGGGAGGGAGAGAGCCCCUCAGGUGGCCACGCUGAGCCGGAAGAAGGAGAGAAGGAGGGAGGAGAAAGACAGGGCUUGGGAGCGGGAUCUAAGGACUUACAUGAACCUUGAGUUCUGACUUUGGUAAAAUCUGACCCCGGUCUGCUGCUGAAGUCUGAACUUGGGCCUCUGACCUGGGCCCUUUGACUUCCCCUUCCUGGGAUCUGCCCAGGUGCAGAUCCUCAGUUUUUGGUCAGUGGACUCUGUAAGAGACGGGCUGAGAGUGAUAAAUAAAUCAACCUUUUGUGGUUUAUUCA